GGUUUCAUUUUAGGUUCACAGUCCAUGGCGAAAAGUCCAAGAUCGGUUAGAGGACGAUGAUAGAUAUUUACGGCUUGAAGAAAUUGACCGCUUGCUUGUUUUCCAGUUUUUUGCUUCCAAUGGUUUUCCAUGUCCUGCACUCCAAAACCCUUCUGAUCAUUUACUGAAAACUAUAAACAAGGAUUUUGAUCAGGAUAUUGACAUGGGUUUAUCUGGCACUAGAACAGUGCUUACAGAAGAAGCAAUUAGAAUCUUUAUAAGCGCAUAUGAAUCAUCUGAAAUUAACCAACAAGUUCAACAAGAAGUUGCAAUGCUAUCUAAGCAGGAGACUAGAUCAGUAGAUCAUAAGAGUACAGAAAUGCAACCAUUACUUGAGAAGGUUUAGGAAGAUGCAUGGAAAGCAAAGAAUAAUUCGCAGUAUGAAUGAUUAUGCAGAGUUCCUAUUUCAGAGAUGGAAGCAAGAUAUUGAUGAUGAGGAUGAUCCAUAUUCAAGUGGGAGGCCGUCAUGGUUUAGAAAGCAAUAUACCGCUGGAGCCUCUGGAAAGCACAGGAAUAACGGUCAAGGAAGUCAUCGAUACAGAAAUGGGAUAUAAAGCAUAUUAUGGAGUCAUUACUAAAGCAUAUUGUGGAGUCAUUACUUGCAAAAUCCUCAAGCAAGUAAAAUACUUUAUGUCUUCAACUUGGGAGGAUUGCAAGCCACUUGUUGAGGAGACACAAGAGUACAGAUCAAUGGGGGAUGAAAACUACAGUAGAAAAGUAUUUGAGGAGUACAUUACAUUCACUCUCCUAUUUAUCAAAUAAUAAGGCUGGGAAUGGAGAACUUGUAGUUGUGGACUCCAAUGAUCAAACUAAGCUUAAACAUGAGGAUCAGAAGACUCUUCGUAGACUGGCUCAAAAUUGUGAGGCUGCUAGGAAGAGUCGAUUGAGGAAGAAGAUCAUCUUGGCUAGAGAGUAUCUAAAUGAUGUUUCCAUUAGCAGAGAACAAUUGAAGUACCUGGUUUUUGAAGCUUUCCGAGGUGGUUGUCAGAAUAAAUGCAAUGUGGGAUACACAUUUAUCAACAUGCUGUCGGCAUCACACAUUAUUCCAUUCUAUGAGACAUUUAAUGGGAAGAAGUGGGAGAAGUUUAAUAGUGAAAAAGUUGCUUCUCUGGCAUAUGCACGAGUCCAAGGAAAGGCUGCACUGGUGAACCACUUCCAGAAUUCAAUUUCCACACGCUGCCAAUGAGCUGUGGAACUUUGAAAAACAUAAUCUUCUUUUGUUUUUGAUGUAGUAUAGUUGAACAAUACAGUGAGUUUAUAUUUUGAAUCUUAGUUAAUGUAUCAAUACACUUUGUUGAUAUAUGGUUGUUACUUAUUAUUAUAGUUGAUGUAUCAAUAUACUU